CCGCCCUCCGCCAUUCGCAGGCGCCGCUGCUCGGGGCCGGGCCGCAGCCGGCUGCGGUUGACCUUGCGGCCGGCCGCCCCGCCAUGGGCACGGUGCCGUCGGCGCUGAAGCACUGCCUCAGCUACCAGCACCUCUUCAAGGAGCAGCCGUGGAUCGGGGAGCCGGUCCCCCCGCCGCAGCCCGGGCAGGAAUCCCAAACAUCUGGACUGCCUGAGUACAUAAAGAUUGUAGAAGUUGGGCCAAGGGACGGAUUACAAAAUGAAAAGGUGAUAGUCCCAACUGAUAUCAAAAUUGAGUUAAUCAACCGGCUUUCCAAAACAGGCCUUUCUGCAAUAGAAGUGACCAGUUUCGUUUCAUCCAAAUGGGUGCCUCAGAUGGCAGAUCAUAAAGAAGUAAUGAGAGGCAUUGAGCGACAUCCUGGAGUCCGAUAUCCUGUUCUCACGCCUAACCUUCAAGGUUUUCAUUCUGCUAUUGCAGCAGGAGCUACAGAAAUCUCAGUAUUUGGUGCAGCAUCUGAAUCUUUUAGCAAAAUGAAUAUUAAUUGUUCUAUUGAAGAAAGCAUAGAAAAAUUUGAAGAAGUUGUUAAAUCAGCAAGGAAUAUGAAUAUUCCAGUGCGUGGGUAUGUGUCUUGUGCAUUGGGAUGCCCAUAUGAAGGAAACAUCAUACCAGCUAAAGUGGCAGAAGUAUCGAAACGGCUGUACAGUAUGGGCUGUUAUGAAAUCUCUCUGGGGGAUACAAUUGGUGUGGGGACUCCUGGAAGUAUGAAAAGAAUGCUGGAAGCUGUUAUGAAAGAAAUUCCUCUGAGUGCUCUUGCUGUUCAUUGUCAUGACACAUAUGGCCAGGCAUUAGCCAAUAUCCUCACAGCCAUACAGAUGGGAGUUGCUGUAGUGGAUUCAUCUGUUGCAGGUUUGGGUGGCUGUCCCUAUGCAAAGGGUGCUACUGGAAAUGUGGCCACAGAGGAUGUGAUAUACAUGCUUAAUGGUUUGGGGAUCAAUACAGGAGUAAAUCUUUAUAGAGUGAUGGAGGCUGGAAACUUCAUCUGUACAGCUUUGAACAAGAAAACAAACUCAAAGGUUGCACAAGCUUCCUUCAAUAGUGGAACAAUCAAUUGAAUGGAUUUUCUUUGCAGAUUAAUUACAUUUGUCAUCUACCUUGACCAAGGACAUUUAUAUCAAGAAAACAAACAUAAGAAAAUCAUUUCAGCAAAGAACUAAAACAGAACCUAGAUAUAACUUUUUGUUAUGGGAAGAGUUUCUGUACUGUAGCGUCUUGUCAAGAAUUGUCUGGUUUGUAAGGAUGAAAUAAAUGACUCAUACAGAACGCUAUGCUUGGUACUUCUACAGAUGAGAAGAAUGUAUAAACAUCAGGCCAUUUUACCAUUCUUUAACUUGCAUUUUAUUAUUUUUUUUUUUAGGUAAACUGGUUAGAAGCAGUGAAUACAUGGUUAAUUUUUAAUCAAGAUUACUUUUAGAACAGUACAAAUAUUUGCAGUAGUUUAUGAGAUCCCACAUUGUGUGUGGCCAUUCUAUCAUGUGUUUUAUUUGUCUGAAUCUAUAUUUUUCAUUUGUCAAGUCAGUUUUGUAAUGACCAUGGAGCCAAAUCUGAAUGUACUGUAAGAAAUUUUUAGCUAUAGCACUUUUGUUAUUUUGUUUUGUUUAACAUCUGCUAAGUAUAUGGAUGACUUUAUCUUGUUCCAAGACUUUGUGGUGAAUGGCAGCCUGCCAGAUCCUCCAAAUCUAAUGCAAAUUUCCUUAUUUGUUACAUAUGUUAAAUUUGUUGUAGUUGCCUUUUUUUUUUGUCAACUGUAUUAAAAUGUAAUUGUAUGAAGAAAUUAAAAAUUGGCAAGGUUUGCAACCAUCGUUCAGGGUAGUAGUAGUGUAGAAGGGGCUAAAUUUUGUCCAAGGUCUCAUUGAACAAUUUGACUUUUUCUUCUGUAGUCUAUGAAUUGACAUUCUCAUUAAUUUUUGAGGAUAGUAAUGCUCUGUUGUACUAGCUUACACAGAGGGAACCACCUCCAAUUUAUCUCUAUGGAACAAAGUGGAAGAUAACAUAUAAAUAAGGAAAAGGGUGGAUCAUUUUUGUCUGGAACUCAAAUCUGCCAGGUUACAGCUGAGUCUUAGCUUGCCUUUGAAAUUCCAAAGUGAACUUUUUCUGAGAUCUUUAAGCCGGUACUGGAGUUUGGAAUUGGCACAGCUUAACAAAAUCAAACUUGGCAUGCCAUGAAGCUCAAAGAUAGAAUUUUAAUAUAAUCCCUCUAUCCAGUUUAUGCUGUAGUAACAGUCAAAAACAAUAUAAGCUGCAUUGUUUCGCUCUUUUCAUGGUAAAAGUCAAAGGAUAAGCAAAGAAAUCUGCUUAGGUGAGGCAGGAAAUUUAUUGCCUAUCAAUGCAAAAUAAAUUGCACCUCUUCCUGUGGCGUCCAGUAAGAAGACUUACAGGUACUCUUAAAGACAUGGAAACCCUGAUUUACGUGAUCUGUUCUGGGUGCGUACUUGGAUUGCCACAAGAAAAUGUUCCAUCCUCAUUGUAGGCCAGUUUAGGAACUGCAUUGAUAUUAUCUACUUUUUGGUAAGUAGAGUAGCUACUACAUCUUAGAUAAAAGUGAGUGGUUAUACUACAGCCACAACUUCUAUGUUAAAUAAGAUACCUGUGUAGAUUACAGAAUAAAAGAGCUAGCUCUGCUCAGCUCUUUGAGAGUUCUAGACACCUAUAUCCUAACUACCAUGAAGGGUUCCUGACUUUUUCUCUAAGAGACCCUUAAACCCUGGAGAAGUUGUCAGAUAUGCCUCUGCACGUAGUGCAUCAUAGGUUGUUCAGCAUCUGGAAUGUCCUAAGGCUCUUAACUCUCCCUAUGCCCAGAAAUAGGGUACCUGUGGGUCUGUGGGUCUGUGGGGAUGAACAACCUAAACUGCCUCAGUUCUUUAUUGAUUCUGCUUUAGAAACUACUUGGGAGCUUAUGAAGAGUCUUAAAUGCAGGUCUGUUAUUCUAUAAUGAUGUAAGCAUUGGAAGAGAUGAGCAGUCACAUCUGGAGCCAGUACUUUACCCACACGUUCAGCUUCAACCACAUAGUGAGUUAUAGUAAUCCAGGGUGGAGGUCACAGACAUAUAGAUUGUUUGUCAGGAUUGUUUAAAGGAGGAAGAAACAUAAAGCCAGAUCCAAAAAAAUAAAAAAAUAAAAAAAUAAUUAUUUGCCAAAAGUGCCACCUGGAAUAAAUUAUUUAGGCAUGUGGAUCCAGGUGAGCAAUCUCCUGAAAAUGCUUCUUUACUUGUAGUGUGACUGAGAAUUGUUAGACAUCUCAUGUUUGUGCUACUAAAAUUUGUUCAGCACAUAAUAUUCUGCUGCUCUGCUUUCCUGAGAUGGCAUUGUUUUGGCUGUGCAGAGCAUGUUAAUGCCUAAUCUUUAGUUUCAGAAAAAAUAGGCAUAUUUUGCCCUUAAGAUCAAGGGCUAAUCCAAUAGUUAUUCUAUGAGCAUGCAUUACUCACAUAGAUAGCACCGAGUUCACCACAUAGUAAAGCAGUUGAGGCUGCAUCCCUCCAAAAACAUGGCAGGAACAGUAUGAGAUAUGAUGGUGCUACUGCUCUCCAGUGCUUCUGAGCUUCUAAAUCUUUAAGUUUACAUUCAGAGUGACUGACCACGACUGGUGCUUGCUCUUUGGUUCCUUUCAGUGUCCCCCAUUGAGUACAUUGCUGUUAGUUCACCCUGAAGUAACCCUCUGCCUAUGGAAGGCUUAAAUCCAGGUGUUUUAUUUGUGUGAGAAGGUGUCCCAAUUACUAUAUUAUUAUUAAAAUUAUAUAUAUUUUUUGAAAGCUAUCAAGAAAAAACAACAGAGUGCUGUGCAUGAUCACACAGAUAAAAUGUGAGGACAUUCUGACUCCCUGUCUGUUUUGGUGAUGCUCUCUGGGUUUCCUACCAGAGACAAAUUAGAUGUACAGAGGGAGCUGGGGUUGUUUAGCUUGGAGAAAAGAAAGCUCAGGGGAGACUUUAUUGUACUUUUCAAUUGCCUUAAAGGAGGUUGUAGAGUGGUGGGGAUCAGGCUUUUCUUCCAAGCACCAAGUGAAAGAUGAAAGGAAAUGGCCUCAGGUUGCACCAGGGGAGGUUUAGGUUGGAUAUUAGGAGAAAUUACUGAAAGGGUUGUGUGGCAUUGGAAUAGGCUGCCCAGAGAAGAGGUUGAGUC